UUCGUCAUCACCGACAUGGAGUCCAGCACGCUUCUAGCUGAGACCAACCCCGCCCUCUUCCGGGAGAUCCUCGAGAUCCACGACGCGCUUGUGCGGCAGCUGGUGGACGAGUACUCGGGGUACGAGGUCAUGUCGCAGGGCGACUCCUUCGAGCUCGCCUUCGUCGAGCCGUCUCUCGCCGUCUGCUUCUGCAACGCCCUGCAGACGCGGCUGAUGAAGCACGAGUGGGACAAGCGGGUGCUGGGCCUGUCGGGGUGCGAGGAGAUGUACGACGAGCACGAGAGGCUGGUGUACCGGGGGCCGCGAGUGAGGGUGGGGCUGGCGUACGGGACGGAAGCGUUCAGGAAGCCGCUGGUGAGCGGGAGAGCAGACUACUUCGGGGCUCUGCCCAACCUGGCGGCGAGGAUCAUGUCGCAGGCGGAGGGAGGGCAGCUCCUGCUG